AGAGAGAGAUCUCGGGAGGCUGCCCUGUGCCCUGGAUGAGAUCCUGUCCUUGGGCAGUGCUGUGCUUUGUGGGAGGCUGCCUGCCUGACCUUGGAGCAGGUUCUGAGAGAGAAAGCCAUUCAAAGCACCACUUACUGAUCCCCACCUGAGAGAAGGCUCAGUGAGACAGAAAGCAGCAGCAUGGGCGAGAAUGCUGGUGACAGUUCCCUUCAAGCAGAUCUCUCCAACCUUGUGAUCUGGGCACACUCUCAUGGGACCAUAUGCAAGCAGAUCCCAGCCCUGGAAUUUAUGCAGAACGUGGGUCACAUGAGCAAUGACAACGCUGUGCUGUGGAUGUGCAAAGCUGGACAUGCCUAUCACUGGCAUUGUGGGAAGUCACACGAGAGACGGGAAGAAGAGAAUGAGGCUGUAGGAAGGAGAAAGAGGGUCUUGUCUUCUGAGUCUUUGGCAAGGGAAUCCAGCUUUGAGGAAAAGAGGCCCAAGCUGACCCCAUCAUCUCUUGAGAUGGAUCAGGCAGAUUCUGGGAGCACAGCAUCGUGUGGCAGAUCCCAGGGGGUCGCUGAGGAGAAGGCUGACAGUGCCUACACAAGGAAUAACAAGCCCAGCAGGAGUCAAAAUGCCAUAACAUCAGAAAACAUGAGGAAACCCAUAACAUCGUUCUCUGCAGCAGAGCAGCACUUCUCAGUGUCUGGUAGAAGAGUCCAAACUGGCGAAGAGGACAUGAAGUCCGAAAGCGACGACGACUUACAGAUCAUCUCUGAUGAGGAGCAGUGUGAGGCAGAUGAAGACAACCAAGGAGACAGAAUCAGCCAGGAUAAUGUGUCAGAGCCAUCUGCUGAGGAGCUGCAGUUGCCCCACUGCCAGAAGAUAGCAAUGGACCAGCCAACAGCCUCCCAAAGAGCUGCCUUUGCCCCCAGGGCAGACCCACCCCUAGCCCGUGCCUACAUUCUGCAGGCUCCUGCCAGCAACUCGGAUGACCCAAGCAGGAGCAUCCUGAGGCUGGGUUCUGCUGCUGCUGCAGGGCCCAAGGCUGAAAUUUCUAGAGCAAGGAGCCUCCUGGGAUCAGCAGCACCAAAGCAACGUCUCCAGCUGAGCCCUCCAGAGUAUGGCACCCCAAGAGCAGGCUCCAGUGGGGACAGUGCUGAGAAUGUGGGUGAGGACAGUGAGACAUCAGGAUCCAGGCAGACACCUUGUUCUUCAGGCAUCCAGAGUCCAGAGAGAUGUCCACCUGCAGCCUCAGGUGGAGAUGUGCUGAAGAAGCAGAACAAAAAGAAAAGCUACACCACUGAAGACAUAAAAGUGUUCAAAGACUGGCUGAAGUUGCACCACCCCUCCGAGACACGCAAGAUCCACACGCUGCCUCCUGCAGACCUCGACCGCUACCUGGUCUCGUUCUUCAGCUCUGCCAAGAAAAAGAAUGGCAUGGAUUUUUCUGCCAACUCCUUGAACUUCUUCCAGCACAACAUCGACCUGUACCUCAGGUCCCACGACUACCAGUACAACAUACUGAGAGGGCCAGAGUUCAGGGCCUCUCAGGAAGCCUUUAAGUUAAAGCAUUGGAGCCUGUGCCAAAAGGGGAAGGAGGAAAAGUGGAGUGUUGUGGAGAACCUGACAGAUGAAGAUGUGGAAAACCUUCGUAAGAAGGAAAUUUUAAGCAAGGCACAUCCUCACGGCUUGCUGCACCUCGUGCUGACCAACCUGAUUAGGGGGUUUGGGGCAAGCACCCACCAGCAGCCCCACCAGCUGUGCUGGGGACAGGUGGUGCUGAGGAAGACCAAAGGAGAGGUGGAGUACUUGGAGUGGAAGGAUGAUCUGAGCCCUGGGGGAAACGAAGGGGAGCUAAACCCACGGCUCUUUGCCAAGCCUGAGGAUCCAGAGAACUGCCCAGUGGCCAGUUACAAGGAGUAUGCCAGGAGGAGGCCUCUGGACAUGCUGAGUGACAACCACCCUCUUUAUCUGUCUCCCAAGUCACUGUGCUCCCUCUGGGACAAUGUGUGGUACAGCAAAAAGGCACUGACAAAAGCUAAAACUGAUAAAAUCUUUAAAAUUAUUAUGCAGCAAGUCGGAGGAGCCAUAAGGAAGACCAGGAAAUAGGAGUGUCCUUCAGCUUUGCCCCACUCCAAGGCUGCUCUGAAACAGAAUCCUGUCACAAUAUUUGGUGUAGGUUGAGAACAGAGAUCUUUCUGCUGGGUUUCACCUUGGCACUGAAGGUACCUACAGAUCUGCAGUGCCUUGGCUUUCAGCAAAGUUCCCUUGUUGUUGUUUCUGUUACUGGAAUUGAUAAUUCAGUGAGUUAAUGAGAAUCUUCAGUUUCACAUUUGCCAAACAAGUUAAUGUUCUACUGCACAGACAAUGCUGUUAAAAACGACCAGUGCUGAUAUAGAUGGGGCUCUGGGGGGCUCUGAGCCUGGCCAGGAGCACGAGCUGCACCCAAAUUUUGGGGGUGACACCCUACACAGCUCAGCCUGGGGCACAGACCUCCGGGGAAGGAUGAACAACAUGAGGAGAACACCAUCCCAACCUCGCAGGAAUGCUUCUGAAAAGGUUUAGGUCAUUGCCCUUAGGGCAAGAUUCAUAGAUUGAAGAAGUUGUGGCUGUUUCAAGAAGUUACUUAAAGUGUCUGACAAUGUUGAAAGGUUUUAUGGUAAGUGGUUUCCCCAGAGUGCAAAACACUACUCCACAGAGGCACUGGGAGUUGUGCUCAGCUCUGCUCAGCUGCCCCAGUGGUGUUUAGUGCCUGUUACAGCUCAGUCAGGUUUUUGGUUGCAUUGUUGACAGAGCCAA